AUGGGGAGAAAGGCAUUCGCUACCAAGAAUAAACCACCUUCGACUCGCCGCGAAGAAAACCGUGAAGAAAACCCUGGAACACACCCACCGCCACAUCCUCAACCUUCGGCACCAACUCAGCAAGCCCCACCGAUGAUAUCUCUAGACGCAAUGGCGGAGUUUCUCCGAUUACAAGACCCCACUAGGAACUGGGCAGCGGAGUUGGCGAGUUUCAGCCAAAUCAGAGAGCAAGGGAGUAUGACCGCAGCAAGUCCGGCGGUGGCGAUUUCAGUAACCAGUGCGCAUCCCACGGUGCAGCCUCCACCUACCAUUCCGGUUCCCCUGACAAUUCCACAGGAAAAAAACCCUUUCGUCGAAGCCGCAAUUGCAGAAACGGAAGAACUCUCUCCGGUAGACCAAGAAACCGAAUCCUUGGAUGAUAAAGCUAUUUCAGCUCACUACGAUGAGAGGGCAGAACGGCUGCGGAAGGAGAACCAAGACCGUGAGGGGGGGAAUAUGGCGGAGGAAACGCCAACUGUGGAGACCGCCCAUCAAGUGAGGGUUAGGGAAGAAAUAGAUCUGAACGAAUCGGCACAGAAGCACAACCUCAUGACCGAUACGGAGUUUGUGUCAAUCGUAGAAGAGGUAUACCGCAGAGAGGAUACUGCUUUGAUGGCUGAGGGUCUAGACCUCGCAUCAAGGCCAGUAGGAGGAAUUGAGAAAGCCAUUCCAGGAACCAUACCGGAAGGUCAAACUUCCCAGUCAGUAGGAGAAGCAAGGGAGGUACAGAGUGAAGAGAAAGAACCUGAGCCAGUAAAUCCCCAAGUGGAAGCAGGGGAUGAUGGAAUGCAAGUAGGAGAGGAGGUACCAACCGUGGAAAUCCAAGUACCGGAAGCAGUGGCGCCUCCAAUCUUAAAACCGCAACCAGUGAAGCGGCAAUUGGCAGCAAGUAGGGCCCAGGCGAACACAGCCGAGAACCCAGUCGAGAUCGCAAGCGAGGAAGAACAGGACACUCCCAAGAAGGCAGAGGGUACGUCUACUCAGGCUACUGAUCAAGAGGAUAUUGGGAUAUCUCCUGUGCAGAACGAACAAGGCGCGGAAAUAGAAGGAGUGGCUGAAGGUCCGGACCUCGCACCCGGAUCAGUAAGGCUAGAGGAGUCUAAUGAUGUUGAUGCUCAAGCCCCAGGAGAAACCACCCUUCCUGCCCAAGAGGAGGAAGCCCAAUACCAGCGAACCAGAAAGAGAAAAGGGAAGGCUCCAAUCCAAAAGAACUCGGUCACCAAAAGGGCCAGAUUAGCAAACACAGGAAUCGUCAUUACCGAACCACCUCAACGAACUCCACCCAGCUGA